GGUACUCGAAUCGUUGUGUAUAACCAAGUCUAAAUUCGACAGUCACGCAUCACAGCGUUUGAUUGCAAAAGUUGAUUAGAUUCAACUUUAACAAACCAACCAUGUCAAUGGAGCUCAGUAGCGCUGCAGAGCUCAGACGAUGGCUCACCUCCCAUGGCGGAUUUUUUCAUUCGCUCGUCUCUUUGUCCCAAGGCAAAUUCGGACUCUCUGCCAUCGCGCAGGAUACUAUCAAUACCGACACAACGAUCGUAUCUUGUCCAUUUUCACUGGCCAUCGACGUGGAGUGUUCUCUGCGUGCUCUCACAGCGCUAUUUGGCGAAUCGACUCUCGUUGACCUGCAGUCGUGGUCGGAAAGGCAGCUUAUUUGUACUUACAUAUGCUUGCACUGGAUCUUCCCUGAUUCUAGCCCAAUUCCCGAUGUUCUUCGACAUCUCCCCUACUUGAAAAGCCUUCCACCUGCGGACGCAUUGCUAACGCCACUUCAAUUCACGCCAUCUGAACUUGAGGCUUUCCGAGGAACUAACAUCUACGGCGCUACCCGUGAUCGUCAGGAGAGCUGGAGUGCUGAGUGGAACCAAUGCCGAACCUUCAUCCACGCCGUUAAUCCGGAUUGGGCUGAAAGAUACACUUGGGAUAAAUAUCUAAUAGCAUCGACGUAUCUUUCAACCCGCGCAUUUCCAUCCACGCUCCUAUCUCGAUCCCCUACGCUGCAGACCACCGCCUCGAGUUAUCCGUUCAUGCUUCCGGGCGUGGAUAUUCUCAACCAUGCUCGUGGACAGCCCGUUUCUUGGUGUACGUCGUAUCCAGAGGGAAGUAAGGAAGAAAGGGAUGACUCGGCCAAUAUUUCCAUCAUUUCGCAUACCACGACGCUUCUUGGCGAAGAAGUCUUCAACAACUAUGGACUGAAAGCAAACGACGAGCUGAUCCUCGGAUACGGCUUCUCGCUUCCACAGAACCCGGAUGACAAAAUUACGCUACAGCUAGGUGGGUCCUCUAACAAGUGGGUGAUCGGUCGUCUUGCAAGUGGUGUGGAAGGACUCUGGAACGAAGUGAGGCGACUGGUGGCUGCAAACCUGGAGGAGAUAGGGUACGAGGACGAUUUAGAAGCAGCACAACUGCUGUUGGAAAUGGUUCAGAAGAAAUGUGAUUUACUUCCGGAUCUACCGGACGAGAAGGACGUCACUAUACGCCCGGAGGUGAGAUUGAUGCUCAAACAUUACCUAGAAGGGCAGCGUGACAUUCUUUCUUCGUUGAAAUUGUACUUCGAGGAGAGACAAGAGGCCGCAAUAGAGGCCGCAAGAGAUGAAGGCAUUGAAUUAGUAUUUGAUGACGAAUGAAUAUGAAUAAAAGAGACUUGCUGGGAGCGCACCGUCAAGGUUCCUACAACCA